AUGGGAUCACAUGACAUCGUGGACGGGAACCACCGCCUCACACUGGGCCUGAUCUGGACCAUCAUCCUCCGUUUCCAGAUCCAGGACAUUAGUGUGGAGACAGAGGACAACAAGGAGAAGAAGUCUGCCAAAGACGCUCUGCUGCUGUGGUGUCAGAUGAAGACCGCGGGUUAUCCCAACGUGAACAUCCACAACUUCUCCACCAGCUGGAGAGACGGCAUGGCCUUCAACGCUCUCAUCCACAAGCACAGACCGGACCUGAUCGACUUCGACAAACUGAAGAAGUCCAACGCUCACCACAACCUGCAGAACGCUUUCAACCUGGCAGAGCAACACCUGGGGCUCACCAAGCUGCUGGACGCUGAAGACAUCAGCGUGGACCACCCUGACGAGAAGUCCAUCAUCACCUACGUGGUCACCUACUACCACUACUUCUCCAAGAUGAAGGCGCUGAAGGUGGAGGGCAAGAGGAUCGGCAAGGUUCUGGACAACGCCAUCGAGACGGAGAAGAUGAUCGAGAAGUACGAGUCCCUGGCCUCGGACCUCCUGGAGUGGAUCGAGCAGACCAUCAUCAUCCUCAACAACCGCAAGUUCGCCAACUCCCUGGUGGGAGUCCAGCAGCAGCUGCAGGCCUUCAACACCUACAGGACCGUGGAGAAGCCGCCCAAGUUCACAGAGAAGGGGAACCUGGAGGUGCUGCUCUUCACCAUCCAGAGCAAAAUGAGAGCGAACAACCAGAAAGUUUACACACCGCGGGAAGGAAAACUCAUCUCCGACAUCAACAAGGCCUGGGAGCGUCUGGAGAAGGCGGAGCACGAGCGUGAGCUGGCCCUGAGGACGGAGCUGAUCCGACAGGAGAAACUGGAGCAGCUCGCACGCCGUUUCGACCGUAAGGCGGCGAUGAGGGAGACGUGGCUGAGCGAGAACCAGAGGCUGGUGUCGCAGGACAACUUUGGCUUCGACCUCCAGGCCGUGGAAGCUGCCACCAAGAAACAUGAAGCCAUCGAGACGGACAUCGCGGCCUACGAGGAGAGAGUGCAGGCCGUGGUGUCCGUGGCGCGUGAGCUGGAGGCGGAGAGUUACCACGACAUCAAACGCAUCACGGCGCGUAAAGACAACGUGAUCCGUCUGUGGGAGUAUCUGCUGGAGCUGCUGAAGGCGCGUAGGCUCAGGCUGGAGGCUAACCUGGGCCUGCAGCGGGUGUUCCAGGAGAUGCUCUACAUCAUGGACUGGAUGGACGAGAUGAAGAUGCUGCUGCUGUCCCAGGACUAUGGGAAGCACUUGCUGGGCGUGGAGGACCUGCUGCAGAAGCACGCUCUGGUGGAGGCCGACAUCGGGAUCCAGGCCGACCGCGUCCGGAACGUCAGCAGCAACGCUCAGAGGUUCGCCAGCGACAGCGACGGAUACAAACCAUGUGACCCCCAGAUCAUCCGGGACCGUGUGGCUCACCUGGACUUCUGCUACCAGGAGCUGAGCCAGCUGGCGGCCGAGCGUAGGGCCCGGCUGGAGGAGUCCCGCCGCCUGUGGAAGUUCUUCUGGGAGAUGGCUGAGGAGGAGGGCUGGAUCCGGGAGAAGGAGCAGAUCCUGUCGUCGGAGGACUUUGGGAAGGACCUGACGGGAGCGGUGCGUCUGCUGAGUCAGCACAAAGCCUUCGAGGACGAGAUGAGCGGCCGCGGAGCUCAUCUGAGGAACACCAUCCACCAGGGAGACCAGCUGGUGGAGAACAAGCACUUUGGAGCGGACAAGAUCCAGGAGAGGAUCCAGGACCUACAGGACCAGUGGGCCGCUCUGGAGCGCCUCUCUGCGGUCCGCAAAGCCAAACUACAGGAAGCCUGCAACCAGCACCAGUUCCAGGCGGACGCAGACGACAUGGACACCUGGAUGCUGGACGUGCUCCGGAUCGUGUCCUCGGUGGACGUGGGCCAUGAUGAGUUCUCGACCCAAGCUCUGGUGAAGAAGCACAAGGACGUGGCAGAGGAGAUCUCCAGCUACAGACCGGUCAUCGAGGCUCUGCACGAACAGUCCCGCACCCUGCCGCCCGAGAAGGCCAACUCUGAGGAGGUGCAGAGCAGGCUGGCUGGUAUCGAGGAGCGGUACAGGGAGGUGGCGGAGCUGACGCGGCUGAGGAAGCAGGCGCUGCAGGACGCCCUGGCCCUGUACAGGAUGAUGUCUGAGGCCAACGCCUGCACGGUCUGGGUCGACGAGAAGGAGCAGUGGCUCAACAGCAUGGACAUCCCAGAGAAGCUGGAGGACCUGGAGGUGGUGCAGCACAGAUUCGAGAGCCUGGAGCCGGAGAUGAACAGCCAGGCUUCCCGGGUGGCGGUGGUGAACCAGGUGGCCCGGCAGCUCCUCCACAGCGGACACCCCAGUGAGAAGGAGAUCAAGACCCAGCAGGACACCCUCAACACCAGGUGGGGUCACUUCCGGGACUUGGUGGAUCAGAAGAAGGACAGUCUGAACUCUGCUCUGGGCGUUCAGAACUACCACCUGGAGUGCAACGAGACCAAGUCCUGGAUCAAGGAGAAGACCAAGGUCAUCGAGUCCACGCAGGAGCUGGGGAACGACCUGGCCGGGGUCAUGGCGCUGCAGAGGAAGCUGACCGGGAUGGAGCGAGACCUGGCCGCCAUCGAGGACAAGCUGAGCGACCUGGACAAGGAGGCCGAGAGGCUGGCCACGGAGCACCCAGACCAGUCCACCGCCAUCAAGGGCCAGCUGGAGCAGAUCCGGGGGGUCUGGGGGGAGAUGAAGGACACCAUGAAGAACCGGGAGGAGUCUCUGGGAGAGGCCUCCAAGCUGCAGCAGUUCCUGCGGGAGCUGGAUGACUUCCAGUCGUGGCUGUCCCGCACUCAGACGGCCAUCGCCUCCGAGGACAUGCCCAACACUCUGACCGAGGCCGAGAAGCUGCUGGCCCAGCACGAGAACAUCAAGAACGAGAUCCGCAACUACGAGGAGGACUACCAGAAGAUGAGGGACAUGGGGGAGAUGGUGACGCAGGACCAGACGGACGCUCAGUACAUGUUCCUGAGGCAGAGGCUGCAGGCGCUGGACACAGGCUGGAACGAGCUGCACAAGAUGUGGGAGAACAGACAGAGCCUCCUGUCCCAGUCCCACGCCCACCAGCUCUUCCUCCGGGACACCAAGCAGGCAGAGGCCUUCCUCAACAACCAGGAGUACGUGCUGGCCCACACGGAGAUGCCCACCACGCUGGAGGGGGCGGAGGCGGCCAUCAAGAAGCAGGAGGACUUUAUGACCACGAUGGACGCCAACGAGGAGAAGAUCGGAGCUGUGGUGGACUCAGGGCGCCGCCUGGUCUCCGACGGCAACAUCAACGCAGACCGCAUCCAGGAGAAAGUGGACUCCAUCGAGUCCAGACGUAAGAAAAACCGAGAAGCUGCGACUGAGCUGUUGAUGAGGCUGAAGGACAACAGAGACCUGCAGAAGUUCCUCCAGGACUGUCAAGAGCUGUCUCUGUGGAUCAAUGAGAAGAUGCUGACGGCUCAGGACAUGUCGUACGACGAGGCCCGUAACCUCCACAGUAAAUGGCUGAAGCACCAGGCCUUCAUGGCCGAGCUGGGCUCCAACAAGGAGUGGCUCGACAAGAUUCAGAAGGACGGCGAGGCCCUGAUGUUGGAGAAGCCUGAGACCUCUGCGAUGGUGAAGGAGAAGCUGUCGUCGCUGAAGAGCAUGUGGGGCGACCUGGAGAGCACCACGCAGACCAAAGCUAAGUGUCUGUUCGACGCUAACAAAGCCGAGCUGUUCACCCAGAGCUGCGCCGACCUCGACAAGUGGCUGGAAAACCUGGACGGACAACUGAUCUCUGACGACUACGGCAAAGACCUCACCUCCGUCAACAUCCUGCUCAAGAAGCAGCAGAUGCUGGAGAGCCAGGUGGAGGUGCGGCAGAAGGAGGUGGGGGAGCUCCAGUCCCAGUCCCACGCCCUGAGUCAGGAGGGCAAAGGCUCCGAGGAGGUGGACGGCCAGCGGGUCAGCGUGGAGAGGAGGUUCCACACGCUCCAGGAGCCGCUGCAGAGGAGGAGAGACAUGCUCAUGGCCUCCAGAGAGAUCCACCAGUUCAACCGCGACGUGGAAGACGAGAUCCUGUGGGUGGAGGAGAGGAUGCCCAUUGCCACCUCCACAGAUCACGGACACAACCUGCAAACUGUACAACUGCUCAUCAAGAAGAACCAGACGCUGCAGAAGGAGGUGCAGGGGCACCAGCCGCGCUACGACGACAUCUUUGAGCGCAGCCAAAACGUGCUGCGGCAGAGCUCGCCGACCGCAGACGCCAUCCGCCUGCGCCUCGCCGAGCUGCAGGCGCUGUGGGCCCAGAUCCGCCACGAGACCGAGAAGAGACACACGCGCCUCAGCGAGGCCCACGAGGCCCAGCAGUACUACUUUGACGCCGCUGAGGCCGAGGCCUGGAUGAGCGAGCAGGAGCUGUACAUGAUGUCAGAGGAGAAGGCCAAGGACGAGCAGAGCUCUGUGGCGAUGCUGAAGAAGCACCAGAUCCUGGAGCAGGCCGUGGAGGACUACGCAGACACUGUUCACCAGCUGUCCUCCACCAGCAGGGGGCUGGUGGGGGCCGGACACCCAGACAGCGAGCGCAUCGGCAUGCGGCAGUCGCAGGUGGACAAACUGUACGCGGGCCUCAAGGACCUGUCGGAGGAGCGCAGAGGGAAACUGGACGAGCGCUUCAGGCUGUUCCAGCUCAACAGAGAAGUGGACGACCUGGAGCAGUGGAUCGCAGAGAGGGAGGUGGUGGCCGGGUCCCACGAGCUGGGGCAGGACUACGAGCACGUCACUAUGCUGCAGGAGCGUUUCCGGGAGUUCGCCCGCGACACAGGGACCAUCGGUCAGGAGCGUGUGGACGCCGUGAACAGGCUGGCGGACGAGCUGAUCAACGCGGGCCAUGGGGACGCCGCCACCAUCGCAGAGUGGAAGGACGGUCUGAACGAGGCCUGGGCCGACCUGCUGGAGCUCAUCGACACACGCACGCAGAUCCUGGCCGCCUCCUUCGAGCUGCACAAGUUCUACCACGACGCCAAAGAAAUCCUCAACCGCAUCCUCGACAAACACAAGAAGCUCCCAGAAGAACUGGGCCGAGACCAGAACACCGUGGAGACGCUGCAGCGCAUGCACACCACCUUCGAACACGACAUCCAGGCCCUCGGGACGCAGGUGCGGCAGCUACAAGAGGACGCUGUGCGCCUGCAGUCUGCGUACGCCGGGGACAAAGCAGACGACAUCCAGAAGAGAGAGGGAGAGGUGCUGGAGGCCUGGAAGAGCCUGCUGGAGGCCGCCGAGGGCCGCAGGGUCAAGCUGCUGGACACUGGGGACAAGUUCCGCUUCUUCAGUAUGGUCCGGGACCUCAUGUUGUGGAUGGAGGACGUGAUCCGGCUCAUCGAGGCCCAGGAGAAGCCCAGGGAUGUGUCGUCCGUGGAGCUCCUCAUGAACAACCAUCAGGGCAUCAAGGCCGAGAUCGACGCCCGCAACGACAGCUUCACGUCCUGCAUCGAGCUCGGCAAGGCUCUGCUGGCACGGAAACACUACGCUUCAGAAGAGAUUAAAGAAAAGUUGCUACAGUUGACGGACAAGAGGAAAGACAUGAUUGACAAGUGGGAGGACCGCUGGGAGUGGCUCAGACUCGUGCUGGAGGUGCAUCAGUUCGGGCGGGAUGCGGGCGUGGCCGAGGCGUGGCUGCUGGGGCAGGAGCCGUACCUGUCCAGCCGAGAGAUGGGCCAGAGCGUGGACGAGGUGGAGAAGCUCAUCAAGAGGCACGAAGCCUUCGAGAAGUCUGCCGCCACGUGGGAGGAGCGCUUCGCCGCGCUGGAGAGGCUGACCACGAUGGAGUUGUUGGAAGUGCGGAGAAGGCAGGAGGAGGAGGAGCUGAGCCGACAGCCCGCGGUCACAGAGGCCACGCCCACAGACGCGGCGUCACCACGGGAGGGAGAAGCAGUGGCUCAGAACGGCCUGCCCUCUGACCAGGAGUCGCCCAGGGACACUCUGGACGGAGGCGAGGUCGUGAACGGCGUGUCGGACCCCAGUCCCUCGGGGUCUCCCGGGGCCCUGCGCAAGGGUCAGGCCGCCACGCUCCCCACCAAGACGGACGGCGCCACCUCCCAACUGGAGGGUUUCCUGCACCGCAAACACGAGUGGGAGGGCCACAACAAGAAGGCCUCCAGCAGGUCGUGGCACCAUGUGUACUGCGUGAUAAACCAGCAGGAGAUGGGUUUCUACAAGGACCAGAAGAGCGCGAGCCAAGGCGUCCCGUACCACAGCGAGAUCCCCGUGAGCCUCAGGGACGCCGUGUGCGAGGUCGCCACGGACUACAAGAAGAAGAAGCACGUCUUCAAGCUCAAAAUCACAGAUGGAAACGAAUAUCUCUUCCAAGCCAAAGAUGAUGAGGACAUGAACACCUGGAUCUCCGCCCUCUCGGCCGCCGUCCCAAGCGACAAAGGCGAGGUGACGCCCAGCAGCCACAGCACGCCGGCCCCAGGAGCGCGCGCCCAGACACUGCCCGCCACCGUGGCGAGCAGCACGGCCGCCGCAGAGUCCAGCCCGGGCAAGCGCGAGAAGGGAGACAAGGAGAAGCGCUUCAGCCUGUUCAGCAAGAAGAAAUGA